AUGCAUUUGGUAGACCUGUGGUUAACUCGUUCCCUCUCCAUGUGUCUCCUCCUACAAAGUUUUGUCCUCAUGAUACUGUGCUUUCAUUCAGCCAGUAUGUGUCCCAAAGGCUGUCUUUGUUCUUCCUCUGGAGGUUUAAAUGUCACCUGUAGCAAUGCGAACCUCAAGGAGAUCCCCAGAGAUCUUCCUCCUGAAACAGUCCUCCUUUACUUAGACUCUAAUCAGAUAACGUCCAUCCCCAAUGAGAUUUUUAAGGACUUGCAUCAGCUCCGAGUUCUCAAUUUGUCCAAAAAUGGCAUCGAGUUUAUAGAUGAGCAUGCCUUCAAGGGGGUGGCAGAGACCCUGCAGACGUUGGACUUAUCCGACAACCGAAUUCAGAGUGUUCACAAAAAUGCUUUCAACAACCUGAAGGCCAGGGCCAGGAUUGCCAACAAUCCCUGGCACUGUGACUGUACUUUACAGCAGGUCUUGAAGAGCAUGGCGUCUAACCAUGAGACAGCGAACAACGUCAUCUGUAAGACUUCCGUGCUGGAUGAACAUGCCGGGAGGCCUUUCCUUAAUGCUGCCAACGAUGCUGACCUCUGUAACCUUCCCAAAAAGACUACCGACUAUGCCAUGCUGGUCACCAUGUUUGGCUGGUUCACCAUGGUGAUAUCCUAUGUGGUAUAUUAUGUACGGCAGAAUCAGGAGGAUGCCAGGAGGCACCUAGAAUACUUGAAAUCCCUGCCAAGCAGGCAAAAGAAAGCAGAUGAAGCUGAUGACAUUAGCACUGUGGUAUAGUACUGGGAAUGAUUAACUUUGAUGCAGAAAUUAGUUUCCGGUUGCAUUAGACUGAGUGGUUUACUUCCAACAUCCACUGUAUACAUUUAAGACUUUGCAUUUUGGUUUAAUUGAAUUAUGCCACUGUUGGACUUAAAAAAAACCUAACAUUAAAAUGAUUUUAGUUUGGGUGGCCUACACCAUAAUUUUUCCUCUGGUGGUAUAUUCCUAAGUAAGCUACUAUGUAAACAUUAGUUAGAUUCAUUUCA